AUGACAGCUUUUAGGGAUGAUGAUCGAUGGUUCAAAGGAGGAGGAGAGGUUGUGAGCGCUUUGUCACAACACAUGAGGCAACGGAUAUGGGAUUGCUUGAGAGAUGACAAGAUUUCAGUGUUCUCAGUAUGGGGAUGGCAGGGAGUGGGGAAGUCACGGAUGGUGAGACAGGUGGUCGCCGCAAUGGAGGAAUCCGGAGAAUCUAGCCGUCUGUUCGAUGUGAUCAUACCAGUAAGAGCGCCAGGGAUCGAGAGUCUUGGAGAGAAGAUGCCGGAUAGAAUCAUCAAAGGAGGAUUGAAGCAGCUCACUUAUUGGUAUGAAAAUGCUGUCGAACGGUUGGCUGCAAAGGGGAGAAGGAAUCGGUUGAUGGAGAUGCAGAUGGGAAUCCAGAAGGCAUUGGAGAUUCCAGAGUCCAAACAAAUCUCCGCAACUGCUGCUAAGAGUAUCAAUGAUAAGUUAAGCGGCCAAAGGUUCCUCCUCAUCUUUGAAGAUGUUUGGGAAAGCUUUGACUUGAAAGAGAUUGGAGUUCCGGUUACAAGUGGCAGCAAAGUCGUCAUCACCACUCAAUCCGAGGAAGUCUGUUCUGAAAUGGGAGCUCAAUUAAAGAUCAAGGUGGAGGAGCCGUCUGAAGAAGAUGCCUGGGAUUUUUUACAGGAAGAGACGGCUGAUGUGGCUUCCAGCAUUGGUUUUUCAAACAGAGACAUGGUCUUUAAAUGCUUUUCUUACGUUUCCUUUUUGUGUCAGAACGGAAGCUCCAUCGACCGAGAUUCCUUGAUAGAAGAGUAUUGGAGGUCGGAGGGCUUUUUAGAUGGAUUCUUCAAUGAGGAGGAGAAUAAAGAAGUGGCUUUCAAGAGACUGGGGAAUGUAUUGCUCAAAGAGUUCGCCAAGAGAUGCAUGGUUCUAUUGUCCCUGACGUCAUCAAACCCAAAUUACCUCUCUCUCUUUCAAGAGGAGACUAAAAAACUAAAAUUUUAUAUAUGGGACAAUCAUCCUCGGGAAGCAGAAUUUAUGAACUGGCUACAAGAGCAAUUUACAAUGGAGGAAUCUUCAGGAGGACAAUAUCAUGUGGAUAUGAAUUCUCAUGUGAGGCAAGUUAUUGGUUCUCGAACGUUCCUAGUGAAAAACAACUUGGACGCAGAAGAAGCAUGCCAAUGGAUCUCAUUAUCUCACAAUCAGGUACAAACAUUCCAAUUCAGCUCUCCAAACUGCCCUCUGCUCUCGACGUUAUUGCUUAAUGAUAAUGAUCGCUUGCAAGAAAUCCCAGACAGUUUUUUCAAGAACAUGACCAGACUCCGAGUCCUCGACCUUUCUUCUACAAGCAUCACUUCCCUGCCAUCCUCCAUAUCCUGCCUUUGUGAAUUACGGUUGUUGAAGCUCCAAAGCUGCCACAAGCUAGAGGGUCUUCCUACGUUCUUAAAGUAUAUGCGGAAGCUUGAGAUCCUUGAUCUCCAUCAAACUGCCCUGACAAAGAUGCUGGAGGCAUCCUUCAAUAACAUGCAAAGCCUCCGACGCCUCGACAUCUCAGGUGCCUGCAACCUCAGUCGGCUCUCGCUCCAGGGUUGCCGCUCUCUAAUGACACUGGCCAGCCUAGAUAAACUUUCAAAACUUGAGGCACUUGAUCUUUCAGGCACGAAAUUGGAAGUUCUUCCGCACCAAAUUUUCAAUCUGACUAGCAUGCAGUUCCUAGACCUGUUGGGAAUGGAGCAUCUCAAGACGGUUGACUGGACAAAGAUAGAUCGGCUUCCAGAAAAAUUGAAUUGGGAUCGAUGUGGCUUGGGCUUGGUCCAUGAACAACUCCAAGACAGAUGCAGACGUCAUAUCUCGGUCAGUGAUGCUAGUGUUUUUUCGUCUUUGGACCGUAGCUCGAAACUGUGGAAAUCCUGCUUUCUAGAAUUCCACUUCUUGGUAUGUCCCUGCAAGGGAGGGCGCAAGGAUAGAUAUGGUCGUUUUAAAAGAAACCAAUUUCUCUACCAGCAUAUUUAUACUCAAUCUGAACAGUCUUUGAGUUAUGAAAGAGGACUGGAGGUUUGUGGUGGUAAUAAUUCCCUAGAUGGUGUUAGAGGGGUUCUCUCUAUGGCAAAAUUCUUUCAUUUGUAUGGCAAUGCGUUCAUUAAGGCACUGCCCAAUCUUGGCAUGGAGAUGGACAACCUUAAAGAAUGCUGGAUUGAGAAAUGCCAUCAAUUGGAGCUUCUAUUCGUUGGAAGAAUGGCAGACGUUGAUGCAGCAGUUUGCUUAGAAAAUCUAAGGGUGUCCAAUCUUGCCAAAUUAAUAACAGUGAGCCGGGGGAAGUUGGGAAGAGGGAGCUUCGCAUGCCUAAAGCAUAUAUAUUUGGAUUGUUGUCCGAAGCUAAUCAAUUUCUUCUCUUCGAGCAUUCGGUUACAGAAUCUCAAAUUACUUGAAAUAAAAUUCUGUUGUAGACUGGAGAAGGUUUUUGAAGAAGACAGCCAGGUGGGGCAAAAUGCAUUUCCACGGCUAGUUGAUAUAUAUCUUUGGGAGCUACGGAAACUGAAAAGCAUUUGCAGUGGGCACUUGCCGAUGCUGAAGAGGUUGAAGAUUCGAGGAUGCCCACUGUUGGAGAAGCUUCCUCUCAAUAACACAAAUGCUUCUGCAACACAAGUUGAGAUCCAAGGUGAGCUAAAAUGGUGGGAAAACAUAAAAUGGGAGGGCAGUAUCAAGCCAAGCUACAUCCAUUUCAAAGAAUGUUGUCUAUCAAGUAAGUGA